AUGACCACUGUGGGCACAUCUGGUGAGAGCGCUUGGAAACCUUAGUGAUACCAGUUACAGUAACUAACAGGAGUAGAAAUGUAUUGAAAGGGGACUUGAUAGGUGAAUUAAUUAAUUAAAAAGUGGAGCGUUUAGCUUGUUUAUUUGUAUGGUAGUCUAUUCCAGCCGAAACAACAAUUCCUGGUGAACAGAUUUGAGAAUUGAACCAAUAAUAAAGAUGCAUUAUUUCCCUUUUCCAUCCACAGGCAAUAUAAAGGCCAUUCUGAAGCUUUGCGUUAGUGCAAGGACCUGCGACGCAGUAGCGUCAGGGGGCUCAGUGGCAAUGGGACCCAAGUCACCUGCUGCUCCAGUAACUUGUGUAAUGUCACCGGGGCGACGGGUGCUGGACCCACUAGUGACUCUGGCCGUUGGAGCCAUGCUGUGCUCAGCACUCUCAAGCUGCUCUGAGAAUGAAUGGAUGAGAAUGGAUGAGCUCAUGACAUUGGGGACUCCAGACAGCCUCCAGCACAACAGGCAACAAUAA